GUAACGGGACGCGUUUACACCGGCAUUCUUCCAUGUUAAACUGUCCGAUAUACCGCACCAUUAAUAUUUAUAACAGCGUUAUCAUCAAACUUCAUCAUCGUUUGCCCAUUGGGGAUCUAAAUGCGUCGUCGUUGCAAAGAGAAAUCCUAAAACAGCAUCCCUGUCCGCCCCGUAGUUCGCGUCGCCGCCACCACUGGCCGAUAGGCAAGCAAAGCACAGACAGGCCAGGGGUGCAGGAACGAGCGGGGUCGACCCUGCGCGCAGCCUCCCCAGUCCACCCCGAAGAUUCAGUCGUCGUGCGACAGAGGAGGGCCGAGGAGCGCCCGGUCGAAGCGUCGACGAGGUCCUCUCUCCACUCUCUUCGUCUCCUGUUUCCGCACGCGUAUCUCUUUUUAUCCGUCUCGCGUUCGCUCUGUCUGGACCAAGAGCCGAAAGCGACCGAGUCCCUCUUUGUCUUUUUUUCCCUCUCUUUCCCCACCUCUCUCUUUCUCUCUCUCCUUCAUCUCCCUCGCGAGCCGCGAGUGAAAACGAGCCGGGCAGCGCCGCGCCGACCUUCACCAUUUUGGUACACGCAGCACGCGCGACGCACGUAAAAGCUGUGUGUGCGAUCCUCGUCCGGCGAAGGAAAGCCGCGAGAGGAACUCGCCGAAUUUUGCCGGAAUGCGCGCGGAGCGGCCGAUCCGCUGCGUGAAUUCCGUGACGAAACGUCGACGAUGCCGGUCUGGGGGCUGCUAGCCUCCCUCAACUCCGCCUCUCGUUUCUGUCACUCCAUUCGUCUCGUUCGCUCUCUUUUUCUCUCUAUCACGCAGCAAAGGGUGGGUGGUGAUACGCCGGUGGCAGUGGCGGCAGUAGUGUGUGGAUGCUCGCACUGGUGGGUGCUCUCUAGUGUGUGUACUAGAAUUCGACCGAAUCGGUGUGGUGGUGCACCAUAACGCGAAAACGACCGUAGGAAAUACGUGCAAAACGAGAUGCCAGCUUCCGUGACAUUCGUGCCGCAUCUUGGGAGAUACGUCAUCACGCGAAGACUAGGUUCGUGGGAGCGUUCGUCGGUUUUACACUUUUCUACUAAAUCAGCCCUUAACGUCCCCACGGAUCCACCGAUCUAUGAUCGAUAAGCAUCUGUGGAGAAGUGUCUCAAUUCGAACGUCGCCAUCGUGAUUCGUUUGUCUCGAUAUCGAGAUAUCGAACGUCCCGCGGAGAAGCGAGAGAGAAGAAUUCCGCAAUGUGCGUGACGGGGAAGACAUACGAGCGAGAAAUGGAUGGGAAAAGUACGUUCGAAUCUUAGCCCGCUCUUGCCCGUAAAUAGCGUUUUGUAACCCCCGUCACGUGAAAUCGAUAUCCCUUAAGAGCCGGUCCGUGAGGUCGUCCGUCAGACCGGUGCUGCCUGUUUCGCCCCGUGGAAGUGGAAGAGUGGAGAGUGGGUGCCGAGUCUGCGGGGAGCCUGCGGGGAGCCUGCGGGAGAAGGCGGACAGGAACGGGCUUUGGCUGAAUAAAAGAAGAGAUGCACAGGAAAAGGCCAGCGUUCCUCAACGACAUGGGACUGCUAAUGUUCUUAGCAGUAACAGCCUCUCUGUUGGGUUAUUGCCAAACAGACGAAAAAGUGUCGUUUUACGGAGCGAGCUACAUCCAUCUUCCGGUUCAAGAGGCCAAGGGUGCUACUGACAUCAGUUUCCGGUUUCGAACUCAUCUCGCCGAUGCUAUGCUGCUAUUGGCUGCUGGCAAGACGGAUUACUGCCUGAUCAAACUCGAAGCCGGCAGAUUGAAGGUUCACAUUAAUCUAGGCGCAGGCGAGAACGAGAUGGCGAGCGCUCGCGGAUUGACACUAAACGACCUCAGUUGGCACGAGGUCAAUUUGACGAGACGUGAGGCCAACAUCAGCCUACAGAUCGAUGUCAUACAUACAACGAGGUCGCAACUACCGGGUCGCUUCUUCGAGCUGAACAUACACUACGGCGUUUUCAUCGGGGGACAAGGCUAUUUCAACGAACUAUUUCUAGGACACACAGAUUAUCUGAGAGGAUGCAUGGCUGACAUAAUCUACAAUGGCGCCAAAGUUAUAGAAUACGCCAGGUCGAGGAAGGGCCAGUCGGAGGCAACAGCCGUAACGUGGGGUUGUUCACCGGAAUUCGACGCCACGAGAAGCACGGAAGUCAGCUUCGUCGAGGACGGCGCCUUCGUCGCCAUUCCGCGUCCCAUUCCGCGCUCCGGUUCAAGAUGGGAAUUCGAGCUGAAGACUAGCGCCGAGAGCGGCUUAUUACUCUACAAUACCGGGCAGUCAUCCUACGCCGAUUUCCUCGGUAUCGAGCUGUUCGAGGGUAAGAUACGAUUGCUGAUGAACAAGGGAAACGGUCCAACCGAACUAAUACAUGGCACCGCGGUGGCUGACGGUAAAUGGCACAAUGUAAUCGUGGACUUCAAUCCGAGCGGUCUCGGUAUCGCCGUCGAUCAUCACGAGAAAACGAUGGCCUUGCCGUCCGGCGGCAAUCGUUUUCUCGAUCUAGCCGAUACCCUGUAUAUCGGAGGAACGGAGCUGAAUAAACGCGCUCGAGUUUUAAACAAGGGUCUCAGAUCCGGCGACGUGAGCUACAAAGGCUGCAUACGAAAUAUGAUUCUCGACAACAAGGAUCUCGGUUUACCGGACGUCAAAGUCAGCCAAGGUAUCGUCGUGGGUUGCGUCUGGGGAUACCCGUGCGUCGAGGCCGAUCCCUGCGUACCUGGUGCGUCGUGCGUGCAGCUGGGCGUCAACUCAUUCAAGUGCCACUGCGACCAGUCGCUAUGCAUCAAAUCGAAUUACGCCGAGGAUUACAAGAUCUAUUCGAAUGCCACCCUGCCUGUAAACUUAGAAAUUCUUUCGCUGAGUCCUCUGCUAGUUUCCGAGGGGGAGCACGUGCUAAUAACGAAUGAAAACAUCGCGAUGGUAUUGGACAUUGCUAAAUACGGCGUGGAAGAAACCGGUGUCGUAUUUACUCUGGUGACACCGCCAGUUUACGGAACACUGGCAUUAGAUGUUCUAACAUCCCGAAGCGAUCACUCCUUCACGUUGCAAGAUAUCAAUCAAGAUAAGAUACAGUACAUGCAUGACGGUAGCGAAACCACAGAGGACAGCAUGAUUCUGGAAUUGACAUUGGUGGCCGGGACAGGCUAUACUCUCCCAGGAUAUCUCCAAGGACACCUCAGAUUCCCUCUUCACGUCAAUGUCACACCCGUCAACGAUCCGCCGUUGCUCGAGAUACCGACCGCAAAAGUACUGCGUCUGGCCCAAGGCACAAGAAAAACACUGACUAAGGAAUUAAUAUGGGCUAUAGACGCCGACACUCCGUCGGAAAUGCUGAUCUAUACAGUUUUACGAGCGGAUACCGACGCUGGACACAUCGAGAGAGUUACUUAUCCGUUUCGACCUAUCGACACGUUCACACAGGCUGAAUUAAUGCAAGGCCUCAUUGCCUAUGUGCAUCGUGGGAACGCCAAACCGAAUGCAAUGUUGGGCUUACAAGUGAGCGACGGCGUCGAGAGUAGUCAGCCCGCGUAUCUGCGCGUAUCGGCUUAUCCGUUGCAAAUUAAAUUGACACACAAUACCGGUCUCGUUGUGGUGCAUCGUUCAUUCUCUUACCUGACACCGGCAAAUCUCUCGUUCGCCACGAAUUCGGACGACAAUACCAUCGAUAUCCGUUACGAUAUCGUUUCACCACCACAUUACGGUGUUUUACAAAAAUUGAGGGACAUCUCCAAUAGCUGGAUGAACGUCGAGCACUUUACCAGUCGGGAUAUGGAAAUGAACACUAUUCGUUAUCUUCAUAAUGUCGGUAGUCCUAAUCAGGACGAAUUUAAAUUCCAAGCGAGCGUGCGCGAAGUGAAGACGCAGCAAAUGUACGACUUCCGUAUUACCUUCAUCGAUCUUGAGCUGAAGGAAACCAGAAGGAUGCCUCUUAAUCUCACCGAUGUGUCGAACGUUAUUAUUACGAGCAACCACUUGAAGUACCAGACAAAUCCACUAGUUACAUCGCCAAAUAAGAUAGUCUUUACUCUUACAACGGGACCAAAAUACGGCGAUCUAUUUCUGUCCGAUCGUAAACUCGCGACAGCUAGUACUUUUACGCAAGAGGACAUCGAGGCUGGUAGAUUAAACUAUCGUCUAUUCAGACGAUCUUAUUCCGAGAUCUUCGACGAAAUAAUGUUCAAAGUUAAUGCACCUCAAUGCGUCGACAUAUACGCCAACUUGAAAUUCCGAUAUUAUCUCGGCAAGAACAGCAAACCGCUGGAGGGCGUGGAGAAUUUGAAAGUUGACGAAGGCUCGAAAGUACCUCUGAGGAUCACGCAUGUGAAUCCCAAGGAGUAUGGUGUAGCCUCUUUGAUGUACAAUCUUACAAUAAAACCGAAUCAUGGUUGGCUCUCCAUCGCGAAUAGCUCAAGAUCACAAGGACAAAAGAACGUCUCGUCUUUUACAUUCGAAGAUGUAUUGACACAAACGGUAUAUUACGUGCAUGAUGAUUCCGAAACGAAAGAGGACUCCUUUGAAUUUGUGGCGAUAUCUCUGGAUUCCGUCGACUUUAUGUACGUCGGAAAGUUUCGAAUUGAAAUCAUUAUGAAAAAUGACAAUCCGCCGGAGCGAACAAUUGAUAGAAUCUUUCAUGUUGUAUCAAAAGGAGAAAAAUUGAUAACGAAUAAGGAUCUCGCUUACAUAGACAAAGAUAUUGAUACUCAAACGAGCGAACUUAUUUAUACUAGAAGAGAUGCUCGGAAGAGCGGAAUAUAUAGGGUGACUAAUCCUUCGGUACAGAUACGCAAAUUCUCGCAACAGGACAUCGACGACGGUAUGAUACUUUUCCGUCACCAAGGGGAUGAACGUGAAAAAAUUGAAUUCGAUAUCACCGAUGGUCAUUUUUACAGGAUCGGCGCUCUUGAAAUUCAAGCUAGUCCACCUUAUAUCAAGUUGCACAAAAGUAACGAUUUAAUUGUCCAAUUUAAUAAAUCUGUGGUGCUCCGAUCGAAAGAACUUGAGAUAGAAACAAAUGUAUACACCACAGAAAAAGAUAUUAAAUACAAUGUAUGGGAGAGACCGAAGCAUGGUAUAUUGCUAAAGAAUAAUAGAGAGUCGAAUAGUUUCACAGAGGAUGAUUUAAAGCAUGGUAUUGUAUCAUACAAACAUCUAGGUAGUUCCUUGACACAAGACAGCUUCAGAUUUAAGGUGUUUGCUAAAAACGCGGAAGCUGACGGUACGUUCGUGAUCAAAGUCUAUCCGGAGAGUUAUUGGGAAUCGUUGAUCAUUCAAAACAACGAAACGAUAUUCGUCGAGGAGGCUACGAGUAUCCUGCUAAGUCGAAAGAGCCUCGAGAUAAUGCAUCCUAAAAUAUCGCCGACCGAAAUCGUUUAUUUCGUACGAGAAUGGCCGCAGAAUGGCUAUCUCGAUUUGCAAGCUCAUGACGAACACAGUGAGGAGAUGAAGGAAGAAUAUAGCGGAAACACGGUAAAACAGUUCGAGCAGAGUCUGAUAAACGAGGGUUGCGUCUUCUACGUUCAAUCGGUGAUUAAUCAGACGAGCGAUCGUUUCAUGGUAGAUGUUACCAAUGGUAUCACAUGGUUACGAGGUUUAAGUGUGAAUUUUGUGAUCGUGCCGGAAAAACUCUAUGUCGAGGCGAAGAGUUUCACCGUCGUAGAAGGCAAGAGCGUGAUGCUAAACGAAUCUGACUUCUCGGUCGUGACGCCGUAUUACGCCGGCAAAAUGACGGAUUACAGGAUAACGGAGAAGCCGCGACACGGAACGAUUCUUGACUCCACGAAGAAUACUCAAGUGAAAAAAUUCUCGCAGAAGCACUUGAAUGCCGGAAUUAUAUUAUACAAGCAUAACGGAGACGAAUUUUCGAAGGAUUCCUUCAGAAUGAUUGUCACCGCUGGUGAUAAGAUAAGUGAGCCGUUUGACGUAUCGAUCGUUGUUCAGCCUGUUAACGACGAAGUUCCUGUACUGGUGAACAAAACUAAGCUUAACGUUUGGCAAGGUGGAUCUAUUAUCUUGACGUCGACAAACUUGGCGGCUAUCGACAAUGACACCGCCCCGAACGAUAUAAUAUUCAAUGUUACUGGGGUGAGGAACGGAUAUAUCUCGUUGAUCACUGCACCCGAGGUGGACAUCUAUACUUUCACACAGAGUCAAAUUAACGAAUCGCAAGUGAUGUUUACACAUACGAACGGAUCUGAUGGAGAAUUUAACUUCGUAUUAAGCGAUGGCGUACACACGACGGAAUUUUACACAAUCUUAAUUACGACAAAGCCAGUUCGUUUAAAUAUUGAACACAAUAUGCCCCUUAAUGUCUUUCCUCUUACUAAGAAAUUAAUAUCAGACAAGCUCUUAUUAACGACGUGUUCCGACGAAGCGAGGGAGAUUAGAUACAUUGUGCGAAACGGACCCCAUUUAGGCAAAGUUAUAAUGGAGACAAGUGAAGGGAUAUGGCUUGAGGUCGAGCGAUUUACUCAGAAAGAUAUAAACAAUAGUAAAGUGAUUUAUGAGCAUACCAAGCAGUUCAUGGACCUAGCGGCCAAUGACUCUUUCAUAUUUGACAUCGAAACGCACUCCGCUGGAACUAUAACAAGUCAGAUUUUCCAAAUAAAUAUAUCAGUUUCGAGCGGUGGCCUGGACCGAUAUAUCUUUGUGAAAAACGUCAGAGUUGUGGAGGGUGGUUCCGCCGAAGUCGUCAUGAACAUUAGCGGCAUCGUAUCAUAUCUACAGAUCAACGCUGGGAUCGAGAAGCCGGCAGUAUUAUCAAAAUUAGUUCACCAGCCUAGUCACGGACAUGUGAUGCUUUUGCCGGAUUUGAAUGUGACUACUUUCAUGCAAACGCAGGUCGAGGGCGGGAAAAUCGCUUAUUAUCACGAUCAUUCAGAUACUCUAGAAGAUCGCAUUUAUUUCACGUUGUAUUUAACACCCGGUCACGUGUUACUUUGCAACAUCAGUGUUCCCGUUAUUAUCGAGCCAAUUAACGAUCAGCCUUUCAGACUCGUCACCAAUACUCCACACAUUAUGGUCGUGCAGAAUCAAAACCAGACCAUUACUCGGGAAAAUCUUUUAACCAUCGAUCCCGAUACUCCACCGCAGGAUAUUACGUAUGACGUGAUUACAGGACCGACGUUCGGCAGAUUACUGCUGUUACCUUUCGACCAGAAUAUAUCAGAAGUACGCCAAGUGGAGAAGUUCACCCAGUACGACGUGGAUUCCAAUCGAGUAGUAUACGAGCAUAAUGGAACGUUGCAGGCCGCUUCUUUCUACUUCAGAGUCUGGGACGGUGGUUACAGUCCGAUUUAUACCGUCUUCAACGUUCACGUUUUACCUAUACGACUGAAUGUGACGGUGCUCGGUCCGGUGCGUUUGCAGCAAGGUUCGAACGUGGCGCCCAUUUCAGAAAACGACAUAAAACUCGAUACGAAUGCACGUCAGGAUCUAGUGAUCUACGAGAUUACGACACAUCCGAAGUGCGGAGUAUUAUACGUGCGAGAUGGUGCCGCGGCAAUGUUCAAGCAGAGCGAUCUACUAUCAAAAAGCGUAGUGUUUAUGCAGACGAAUAUGACGGUGCCAAAUGACAGUUUGGAGUUGUCAGCGCGACUAAGCGGUUUCGUACAAAAACAUAUACGUGUCGAGAUCAAAGUUACGCCUCUCAUUAUCAUGAAUCCGUUGACGGCAUUAGCGAGUGAAAAGACUCGAAUAUCUUUGUAUCAUCUAGACGCAACUCCCCUGGCGAAGUUAACGACGAGCAAUCCAUUGUACACUAUCGUAAGAAAACCGAAGUUUGCCAAGAUCAAAAGAAUUAUCAGAAGCUCCUCGUCGUCCGGCGAGAAGAGAGGUACGCGCGAACGAGAGGUGAAUCGUUUCUCGCACCAGGAGAUUAUCUCCGGAGUGAUAUAUCUGGUAUGCAGAAAAAUACCAUCGAUAGACGGCGUCUCGGAUAGUUUCAGUUUCAUUCUUGCGGCUUCCAUCUUCCAGCCAGCCGUGGGUGACUUCGAAUUCCGUAUCAAGCUCGACAUCGACGACGAUAACAUCACCUUAGGCGGUCCUAUGGAUCCGGUCAGUCGCGAGGGCGAGAUGGCGAUCGCACCGAAUAUGAGCAAUGAUUAUCUUCUGAUUCUCGGCAUGUUGCUCGGCGUGUUUCUUCUCGGCGUGGUUGUAAUUAUUACGAUCAGAUGCCGGCAUAACAGAUACAAACACGCUGAAGAAGAGAAACCGGAAACCACUCCCGCUGUUGGCGUGAUGCCGCUUCCCAGACCGCCGGAUCAUCUGAUGCCUGCUACUCCGCAUUUGAAGCCUUUCGGUAACGAUCACAAUAGUGUAACAGCCAGCACACCUUUGCCAGUGUUGCCCUCAACGUUACCACAAUGUAAAGUGAUACCCUUGAGUCCUCUGGAAAGCGGCUCAGAAAUCGACGUAUCCGCCAGAUAUCCCUAUGGGGUGGCGGAUGGCGACGAAUGGAGUAGCUUCGACACUUCCGAUCUACCUUGCCAGUCGGCCACAACUCAAAGGACCAAGAAGAACCCGUUGCUGAGGAGGGACCAAUACUGGGUCUAGCAGGAAAGAAACACGUUGCGGUUUACGCGAAAAAAACCGUAGCGUCUCCUGGCGUGUUUUAUGCGAGAAUCGAGACUAUCGUGGAUAUCACGGACUUAAUGUGCCUAAGGAAAGUGAAAUCUACGACAGAAUUUAUGGAAAUCGCUCGUCGGGAUUUGAGAUUAUCGCGCCAGACAUAUAUACGUCGAGUAAUAGUGAGAUGACGUUCGAUGCUGUGGCGAGAAUUUAGUGAUGUUGGCAUGUGUUUCGGUGCAUCCGAUUAUAAUUGAAAAAAGGCGAAGAAACUCCUUGAUUGUGUAGGAAAUUUACGGAUCGAAAACGAUCGAGAAUUAUCGGUAAUUCCCGAUGCGGAAUAGUUCGCAGUGUCUCGUGUAUUAUUAGCCUAAAACGAUAUAAACAGGAAGCUAAAUCUCCUUGAAUGUCACGACUAUCGCCGCUAUCACGAGCUCAAUGUGCCUGAAAGAUGUCUGACUCUGCUGACAUUUUUUCCACUAAUCACAACGUCGAUUUUUCGUAUAUCUAUUCUAUGACCCUUCCUUCCGGCGGAUCGAAAUAAAUUUAAUCAUUAAAAAAGCAGAAUGAUUAUUCAUUAAAGACUUUUGCAAUCAAUUCAAUCUUGAUCUAAGAAUAAGAUCCGUCGAUUUACUGGCUCGUUUUAGAGUGCAGACUUUUAGAAAAAUACAUAUGACCACUUUUAUGUUCUUUCCUCUCCUUCCAUUUUUACACUUUUUGUAAAUUUAGAUCAAUAAGAUUGUUAUAAGAAUGGCAUUUAUCGAUUUUUGCUGUCGUAAAUUUCAGGUAAAAUCGAAGUAUUAAGGCUUAAAAAAAGGCGGAACUUUCGCUCUGUCUUAAGUUAUACAAAGAAAAUAGAAACGAGUAAUCAGGAUAAUACAAGAAUUUUUGUGACACUGUAUGAUAAGACGAUCAAAUGCGCACAAUGUAAUCGAGCGCUUGUAUGUUCCUGUUACUUGUCACUUGACGCAAAUGAAUGCAUUUAUACUAACUGUACUCGAGUUUGUGUGGACAUAUCCUUUUAUACCGCCAUAUAUUGUCCAAGUUAAACUUUUUUAUUUCUCUCCAAUAUGGAUCUCACAUACGGUCAUUUUAUUCCAUCGUUAUUCCGACUAUUUCGAUGUUGCUCGUACUAUGCAAGUAAAUAUAAAAUACUAGUUAAUAUUUGUUCGAAAUGUAAAAAAAAUCGAAUCGCCGCAACAAUCUUUUUGUGACAACGUAAUAUUGCGCAUUUUAGCUUUAUGUGGUGAAAUACAUUGAAUUAUUUCUUUGUAUGGACGUAUAUAUAUAUAUAUAUAUACAUACAUACUUAUUUCAGUAAGAAUAUGUUGUACAGCAGAUAAAAAAAUUGUAUCGAAUAAUUGUCAUAAAUUAGAUAAUAGAUCAAGCAAUUAUUAAUUGAUAGCGUUAUUUCCGCGAAUCACUUUUUGCAACAUUUUUCUCAUCGCGACGAUUAUCUUUAAAUUACAUAGAAUCGUGUACGAAAUUUUUACAAUUCUUCUCUGUUUUGUCUUUAUAGUGAACAAUAGAUUAUUAGGCGACACUAAAUAAUAUAAUUAUUUAACGUAUCUUAAACGCGAAUUAUUAGUAAUACUCGAAAUCUAUAAGCCGUUUUUUAUACGAGUACGAGAGUAGAUCUUUUCUACUAUGAAACGUUGACGCGCGGCGAGUUCGUAAUUCAUAAGCGAUGAACGGGGUUGUGCGUAAGCGGUUUCAUCUGAGAGAAAUUUAUUAACGAAGGGGUAUGUUGACGAAUUUGUUGAUUUUAAAAAGAAUUUUACGUUACGUUGCUCUUGCGGAAACUGACGGUAACCUAAAUAGAUCCGCUUCCGGCCAAUGUCGAGUGUAAAUAUUAUAGAACCGCACUAUAAAAAAAAGUCUUCAUUUAUCAAAAAAACUAAGUACAGAGAAAAAUUAAGGAGAUAAUUGACUUGAUUAAUUGAAACGCGUUAGAUUCUGUUAUAAGAUAAAAAUUAUAUG